AUGAGCCAUUAUACGAUCGACGUGGAGAACCAGCGUGGUGCCAACACGACCUAUGCAGUCAUGAUGGACACCCCAGAUUUCAGUGGUGACCACAAACCGUGGUUGAAUGUCUGGUACACCGCAUUCGUCCCCUUCCGUGGAAGUUUUAGCGUUGAGACUGGUGAGGACUUCUACGCCUGGGUUGGAACUGUGCCUACGUCGCCUGGCCCAGGCGUGAUAGUCCUCAAUGGCAUGAGCCUGCUCGCCCAACUGGGCUCUGAAGGCUCACCCGGCAGCACUUUUGACAUGAAAGUUAUCGAAUCAUUCCCAACAAUCGAAGAGAUUGAACCCUCUGCGACGACGGGCUCGUAUGAGGUCAAAACUGGCACGGACUUUAGUAUGCCCAACAGAACUUAUCUUGUUGGGCUCGCGAAGGUUGAUAACAGAGGACAGGUUGCUCCAGUCGGAUCAGUUGCUCCGGACAACGACCAGAACAUUCAAGUCACUCCUAAGAUGAGAUUUUUCGUUGCGGAGAGUCAUCAGAUGUCUGGCGAGAUUGUCGACCGCUCUGCUGUGGAGAGAUAUGGUGCUGUCGUGGACUUUAGCAGUGGCGAGGGCGCGGGGAAGUUCUAUGCUACUGCGACACAGAACCAGGAUGGCAGAUUCACUGUGAAGUACUUCGACUCUCCUGAGUAGAUGGAAGUACGAGUCCUCUGUACGUGGAUGAAUGCCAGGCAUGGCAGCCUUGGA